GGAGCGAGUCCAAAAUGGCGACUCUCAGGCUGGCGCGCUCCGUUUCGCUGAGGCUUUGAGGAGGUCGCCAGGGGCCGGAGGGACGAUUUCCCCGCCGCGGGGACCCUGGAGGAUGAAUCGGGGCCUCUGUUAAGGUUAGGCGGCGCUGGUGGAGAGAAGUGGCAGCAGGGGCUGCGGUGGAGUCAGCAGACCGGGAUGUGCGAGAGUUACUCCAGGUCGUUGUUGAGGGUCUCGGUGGCGCAGAUCUGCCAGGCGCUGGGCUGGGACUCGGUGCAACUCAGCGCCUGCCACCUCCUCACGGACGUGCUACAGCGCUAUCUGCAGCAGUUGGGACGGGGCUGCCAUCGGUACUCUGAGCUCUAUGGCCGAACAGACCCAAUUUUGGAUGAUGUUAGUGAAGCUUUCCAACUUAUGGGGGUUAAUCUUCAUGAACUGGAAGACUAUAUUCACAAUAUUGAGCCUGUCACUUUCCCACAUCAAAUUCCUUCAUUUCCUGUUAGCAAGAACAAUGUCCUUCAGUUUCCUCAACCUGGAAGUAAAGAUGCAGAGGAAAGAAAAGAAUACAUACCUGAUUACAUGCCACCCAUUGUGUCCUCUCAAGAAGAGGAAGAAGAAGAACAGGUGCCCACUGACGGGGGCACAUCAGCAGAAGCAAUGCAGGUUCCUUUGGAAGAAGAUGAUGAAAUGGAGGAGGAGGAAAUUAUUAAUGAUGAGAAUUUCUUGGGUAAGAGACCAUUGGAUAGUCCUGAAGCUGAAGAAAUGCCUGCCGUGAAGCGACCACGACUAUUAAGCACUAAAGGGGACACCCUCGAUGUAGUAUUAUUGGAAGCUCGAGAACCACUCAGCUCAAUAAACACUCAAAAGAUUCCCCCCAUGCUUUCUCCAGUCCAUGUACAGGACAACACGGACCUAGCUCCUCCAUCACCAGAGCCACCAGUGUUGGCUCCAGUUGCAAAAUCUCAAAUGCCUACUGCAAAACCUUUAGAAACAAAGUCAUUUACACCUAAAACAAAGACUAAGACUAGUUCUCCAGGACAGAAGACUAAAUCACCUAAAACUACUCAGUCACCAGCAAUGGUCGGAAGUCCUAUUCGGUCACCCAAAACUACAUCCAAAGAAAAGAAAUCACCUGGACGUUCUAAAAGCCCCAAAAGCCCCAAGAGUCCCAAGAUUAUGGCUCAUAUUUCCCAGGCACCUGUCAGACCUGAAACACCAAAUAGGACUCCUUCAGUUACAAUAAGUGAGAAAAUUAGUAAAGAGACUGUCCAGGUAAAACAAAUACAAACACCCAUGGAUCCUGGGAAAUUGAACAAUGAGAACCAGCCAAAAAGGGCUGUUGUAACCGAUAAAACCAUUGAUGACUCUAUUGAUGCUGUGAUUGCACGAGCUUGUGCUGAACGAGAGCCAGAUCCUUUUGAAUUUUCUUCUGGAUCAGAAUCAGAAGGAGACAUUUUUACCAGCCCCAAGAGAAUUUCAGGUUCAGAGUAUACUACUCCAAAAGCUUCUACUUCCUCAAACAAUUUCACUAAGUCAGGAUCCACUCCUCUGCCUCUGUCAGGAGGAACUUCAAGUUCUGAUAAUUCAUGGACAAUGGAUGCCUCAAUUGAUGAGGUUGUGAGAAAAGCAAAACUGGGAGCACCUGCAAAUAUGCCUCCCAACUUUCCUUAUUUCUCCUCUCCUUCAGUGUCUCCUCCCACUCCUGAACCUCUCCAGAAGGUGUAUGAGGAGAAAACCAAACUGCCUUCAUCAGUGGAAGUAAAGAAGAAGUUGAAAAAAGAGCUGAAGACUAAAAUGAAAAAGAAAGAAAAGCAGAGAGAUAAGGAGCGGGAAAAAGACAAAAACAAGGAAAAAAGCAAAGAGAAGGAUAAAGUGAAAGAGAAAGAAAAGGAAAUCAGCAAGGAUACAAAGUAUCCAUGGAAGGAAUUUCUUAAAGAUGAGGAUUCGGAUCCAUAUAAGUUUAAAAUAAAAGAAUUUGAAGAUGUUGACCCAAAAGUGAGAUUGAAAGAUGGAAUUGUGAGAAAGGAGAAAGAGAAGCAUAAAGAUAAGAAGAAAGAUAGAGAAAAAGGCAAAAAAGAUAAAGAUAAGAGAGAAAAAGAAAAAGUGAAAGAUAAAGGUAGAGAGGAUAAGAUGAAAGCCCUACCAGCUCCUCUGGUAUUGCCUCCAAAAGAAAUGGCUUUGCCCUUAUUCAGUCCUGCCGCAGCUGUGAGGAUCCCUUCCAUGUUGCCUUCUCUGUCACCAAUGCUUCCUGAAAAGUUGUUUGAAGAGAAAGAGAAGCCUAAGGAGAAAGAAAGGAAAAAAGACAAAAAGGAGAAGAAGAAAAAGAAAGAGAAGGAAAAGGAAAAGGAGAAGAAAGAGAAGGAAAGGGAAAAAGAGAAAAGAGAAAGAGAGAAGCGAGAAAAAGAAAAGGAGAAACACAAGCAUGAAAAAAUAAAAGUGGAGCCAGUAGUUCCAGCCCCAAGUCCGGUGAUCCCCAGACUGACUCUCAGAGUUGGUGCUGGCCAAGACAAGAUUGUCAUCAGCAAAGUCGUUCCAGCCCCGGAGGCUAAGCCGGCUCCUUCUUUGAACAGACCUAAAACCCCACCCCCGUCCCCACCCCCCUGCAUGCCGCCCGCCCAGCCCUUGCCGCUCCUGGCCCCGUGCAGCGCCUCGCCCGCCCUCCUGCCUUCGCCUUCCCCGGCCCUCUCUGUGGCAGGGAGCUCCAAAACCCCGGUCCGAAGCGUGGUGACUGAGACAGUCAGCACUUACGUGAUCAGAGACGAGUGGGGUAAUCAGAUCUGGAUCUGUCCCGGAUGUAACAAACCUGACGAUGGAAGCCCAAUGAUUGGUUGUGAUGACUGUGAUGACUGGUACCACUGGCCCUGCGUUGGAAUAAUGGCUGCCCCACCAGAAGAAAUGCAGUGGUUCUGUCCCAAAUGUGCCAACAAGAAGAAGGAUAAAAAGCACAAAAAGAGGAAGCACCGGGCACACUGAGGGCUCCCCGUGGCCUGAGCAGCAGCAAGUCAGGCUCCUGUCCUGGCGCCCCUGGACGGGAGUUGGUGCAAUUCUGCCAUCACAUCUACCACCAAAUUCUUGCACAAAAUGAAUCUUGGAAGAUCGAGGACAAGGAUACGCCGUCCACUCUGGAUUUUUCCCUUCCAAAACAGACUGGCCCCUGUGGGUUCCGUGGUAGCGUGAUUAAAGAGAAACUCAAACGGAGACACGGCCAAACGACAGCCACACCUCCGUUUUUCUAUUACCAGUGACAAGUAUUAAUAAAAAAAAAAUCAGACAUCUUCCCUCUUGAUUUUCUUUGUUCUCUCCAGGGCCUUUUCAUUAAGGUACUAGAUGAGAAGAUGAUGUAUAAACUGCCUUGACUGUAAUUUAAGGAUGAUGUCAUUAGCUUGUACACAGUUUUCAACCUCCUUUCCUCUGUAGUAAGAGAAUCAUAAAAACACAAAAGAGAACUCCAGUUGGGGUAUUGGUAAAUAUUUUUGUGAUGAGAAUAUAUGAAGCUUUACCUCCCCCGCCCCUCGUUUUUAGUACUAACAUGGAAAAUGUUCAGGUUUUUGUGAAAUACCUUAUAUUUUUUAAGAAAAGGGUUUCUAUCAUGUCCUGUUUACUUUGGUGCAAAUUAUUUUUGUUUACUAUAACAUAUUUUAUAUUGUUGUUGCAUUCUAAUUUUGCCCUUCUUGAAACUGCUGGAGUCUCCUCACUGCUUGUACAUUUCAUCAACUUGUAUAAAAACUCUUCAUACUAAAGGAUUUCCCCUAAUGUAAAUAAUAAAUAUUUAUGAAGUAGUUAUUUUUUAAAUUUUUAUCGUGCUUAAUUCUGGCUUUCUCUGAAAUCAACUGUGAUUUCAGCCAUGUCUAUAAUGACUGCUGUACAUAAAGCAAAGAAGGCUAGAAAAAAAAGAGCCAUAGUUCUAAGUAAUUUACCUGCAGUUGAACCUGUGCAGUGCCCAAACUUGUGGGAAAAGGACCCUAGCAGUUGGAAGGAAAACAAGGCAAUUUAAACUUAACAGUUUAUGAUUUGAAAUUGUUUUUGUUUGUUAUCUAUUUUGUCUCUGUAAAUUUCUUUAGCUUACUUUUAUUAAAAGGACAUGUAGAUUCCAUGAAAGUAAAAAAAAAACAUACUGUAGCAUUUUGUGUUUAUAUUGUUUUAUUUCUGCAAAGCUGUUCAUUGAUACUGAGAUUUAAGGCUAAAAUGAAGUAUAUUAUGAAUUUUUUUUUAAGAAAACUCAUCAAAUUUCAGGGUAUCACAAAACUUUAUUAUAUUACUAUACUGCCCACUAUUUAUUAUAUGUUAUCGAUGUCUGAGAGGUAAACCAAAUAUUUUAUUUUUAAUGUAAAGCAUCAAAUUUAAUUUUAUUAGCAUAUUUUAGUAACUUUGGAAUAAAUAUGAACUCUUACUUGAUUUUGACAUAAUCCCAGUUGGGCCAGUGUGAUGGAUAUCUUGAAUGCUAGAUUAUGGGCUUUGAACCUAGUACAGAUCUAUUCAUAGAAAUUGUGAUUUUUAAAAAAAAAAAUGCAAAGAAAAUUGAUAUUCAUGUAUGGACUAAUCAUAUUUUAAAACGUAUUAUGUGGUUAGAGAAAUGAGGUUCUUCUGCCAUGAAUGUUAAAUUGCAAAUCAGUGGAAAUGGACUAGAUCUUCUAAGAGUGCAGUAUUACAUUGCCCUUCUUGUUCUGGAGGCCAAACUUUUCUAUCCCUGCAAAGAAACAAAACAUAUAUAUGUUGAGAUGUGUUUUUUGAUUUAUUAAUUUGAGAUCAUUCUAAAUACUUUAUACAAUAUUUUCACAUGCACAAAUAUACCCAUUAGUGCUCUUUGGAGAGGGUUGAGAGUGGGGGAAGUGCAAAAUAAAGAUUAUUGGCUGUUUCCUA